AUGCCGCAUCCCGGCCGCGCUCCGCCGCGCGCGCACGCCCGCCCGCUCCGCCCGCCUUCCCCCCGCGGCGCCCCGGCCCCGCGCCCACCCACGGCCCCCGCGCACCGCGGCCCCGCCGGGCGGGCGGCCCCGGCAGGCGCAGGAAGCCCCGCCGCCCGCCACCUCGCCCGCCCGCCGCCGAGCUGCCCCCGCCCCGCGCCGCCGCUCCGGCAGCGGCGGUGCGCAGCUGUGUUGCCUGGCAGCCACUCUGUCACAGCUCAGGAUGCAAUUAUGAAGAGAGAUGUAUCUGCACCUAAAAGAAUAAUGGAUCCUUCGUGUGUAGGAUUUACGAAAGGCCCAUGGUCUUUGGCUGAGUCUUUAGACACUGCUACAGUGCAAAUAACAAUAAGGAGAAGAGGAGAAGAGACCAAAACCAGGUCUGGCCAUGAAGUAUUUGACAAAAUAGAGUUUCAUUUGAAAAAAAAAUAAAUAAAUAAGAAAAACAAAGCCAGUAUGUUGUACACAAAAUGUUGUUCUCAAAGUACCUUGAUUUCAGCGAACUCUUGCUGAAUCUAGAGCAGGUCACUGGGAGAGCUGGCCUGCAUCAGGCUCAGCAGGCUUGGUCCCAGAUAACUACAGAUUUCCAGCCCCUCGCUGACAUCAGCAGUAGCACAAAAGGAAUUUCAGUUCCAUCUGCAGGCGCACUGGAAAUUCCAGUUCUCCAGAAGGCUGAAACACUUAAUUUGGUGGAACAUACACCAAAAUCAAGGACAUAUGCUCUACAGUGCUUCUACUUGGAAGUCUGGGUUUGGAUAUACCUCCUAGAGUCAGGCCCAAACAGAGUUUUGUUCUCUCACUUUCAAAACACUUCAUAUAAAUAUAGGACCGUGUAUGUUUAAAUCAAUACAGGAUGGACUCUGGAGAGCUAAGCAAAUCUACUGAAGCUUAACAGAUGCAGGGCCUGAGAGUGUCUGAUUUUUUUU